UCAAUGCGGAAAUCCACUCGGACAGCGGAGGGAUGCGGGAUGUCCUUGCGUGCUUGAUUUUGGGAUAAAGUAGAUUGAAAACUCACCCUGUGUUCGUCGGAGGUCACUGUUUCCUUAGUACCCGAUUUCAGAUUCAGUCCAUCAUGCCUUUUCUUAAGUACCCUCCCAAAGUCUGGGAUGCCCUGAAAAUGAAGCAGGGGAUCUACUCUCGUCUCCCCAAACACUACCUGAAGUCCCUCGAGCAGAAAGAGCCCACCCCUGUGCAUUGGAGGCCUCUGGGAGUCCAGUACCGAGCCAACCCAAAGACGGGGGUUAAGGAACGGGUGCAGGAUGUCCCGAUCCCAGUUUACUACCCUCCACAAUCCCAGGACGGCCUGUGGGGAGGAGAGGGCUGGGUAUCUGGCUACAGAUACACCAACAAUGACAAGCUGUCGACUCGUUUGAAGAAGACCUGGAAGCCGCAGUUGUUACAGAGAGAGCUGUACAGCGAGAUCCUUGACCACACGUUCCCCAUCACCGUCACAAUGCGCACUCUGGACUUGAUCGAUGCCGUCUUCGGAUUCGAUUUUUAUAUUCUUAAAACAUCAAAGGAAGACUUGAACUCCAAGCUGGGCAUGGACCUGAAGAGAGCCAUGUUGCUUCGCCUGGCGCGUAAAGACACCGAGCUUUACCCCAACGACCCUGUCAAGAGGGAGAAGAUCUACAACAAAUACAAGCAGCAUUUUGAGAUCCCGGAGGAGGAGGCAGAGUGGGUGGGUCUGAGUCUGGAGGAGGCUGUGGAGAAACAGAGGCAGCUGGAGCACAAGGAGCCCGAGCCUCUGUUUGAGGCCUGUGUGGACAAGCUGGUGGAGGAGCUGCAAGUCCAAAAGCUCAUAGAGCCACAUGUCAUAGAGAAGAAGUGACCACCUGAGCCCUCUGAGUGGGACCGGAGGCAGAUCUUCAAACUGAAAAAUGAAAUAGGUUGAACUGUCGGGCUUCUCCAGAUGGGGGAGGGGAGUCACCAAGUUUCCUGAAACAUUGUCAGUACUGAUUGUACACUCGGGAGAACUUUUCAACUUGUAUUUCCAUCUGGGAGCGACACAAAGGGACACAAAUGAUGAGGUCACGUUGGAGUAACGCUUAUUUAUUUACCCUUGCAUUUAAGUUCCAUACAGAAGAGACAUUUAAAGAAUUAUGAGAAAAGGCUCCGUCAGUAUAAAUACUCCCCGACCAGAUGUGGUACAAGGCCCUUGUACAGGAAAUCAUAAAAAAUAAAAGCCCUUUUUUUCUUAAA